UCCGUACGUCUAGCAUUCGCUUGCUCCGGAUUCCAGCGCCGCCCAACCAGCCGCGCCACUGCUUCCACUCCCCAUCGUCACGGCGGCGUCCUCCGAACCCCAGUCCGCUGCCUUAGGCGCCCGCGGCACCGACGCCCCAUCACCGGCGCUGUUGUCCUGCUGUUGCCUCCCUAGGGUUCCAAGUUGAAAAUCCCCUGGAUCGUACUAUCGCGGUGAGGCGAUGGCCGGCGACGAGAUGAAGCCUGUCGCCGCGAGCGACGGGGACACAGCCGCCGCUCGUGGCGAGGAGCUGCAGCCGGCGCCCCUGCCCGAGGAUGUGCUCGCCGAAGUCCUCCGCCGCGUCCCGCCGCGCUGGAUCGCCGCCUCCCGCUGCGUCUGCACGGCCUGGCGCGACGCCAUCGAUGCGCGCGGCCUCCUGCGCGCCGACCUGCUCCCGCUCUCGCUCGCUGGCCUCUUCGUCCACUUCGACGAGCACAAGUAUCCCGAAUUCCUCGCCCGCCCCUCCUCUGUGGCUGGCGCCCCCGCCAUCAGCGGCAACCUCAGUUUCCUGCCCUCCACCACCCCUCAUGUCGGCACUAUAUGGGACGACGACUGCGAUGAUUGGCGUGACUAUAACAUCGAUGAUCACUGCAAUGGGCUCCUCUUGCUUCGCAGUAACCGGGUGGUUAACCCUGCCACCCGAUGCUGGAGUGCUUUGCCACCGUGCCCUGCUCCCAAGGAUGGCACAGGAAAUGUGUGGUACAGUGGUCAUCUGGUCUAUGAUCCGAUGGUAUCACCGUACUACGAGGUGUUUAUGACCCCCCAUUUGGAUGACUACCAUUCUGAAAAUGAGGUAGACCCCUCGAUGGAGGAAUCUGAAUGGCCACCAUCCCUAUGUAAGAUGUAUGUAUUCUCAUCAAAGUCGGGUUGUUGGGAGGAGAAGUAUUUCUUCCGAGAAGGGGGUGCUACAGGGAUUGUCAGUGAAAUGCGAGUGGGUUACGGGCGAUCCAACGGUGUCUAUUAUCGGGGAGCACUUUAUGUACACUGUAGAGCUGAUUUAAUUAUGAGGAUAUCAUUGUCUAAUAAUAUGUACAGCUUAAUUAAACCACCUGUGGUGGAUACCAGAGCACACCAUUUUCCAUAUGUCGAGAUUGUAAGAUCAAAAAAGGGGGUGUACUUUGUGGCAUUUGAUAGGUCUUGGCCUCAACGUGAGUGUUGGCUUGGAGUUUGGAUCCUCAAUGAAUCAUGUGGUCAGAUGGAGUGGAUGUUGAAGCAUGACAAAGACCUUAAGCAUGCGCUAGCACAUCACUGAUAUUGUGGACGACUUCACUGGAUCUUAGAAGAUAUUAACUAUAACCUAUUUUGUUCUUCUAGUUUCCUAGAAGGCAACAAGAAAGC